AUGGCCGACUCUCGUGACAUCGCCAUCCGCGACGCCAAACUCUUCGUUCGCGAGGUCGUUCGCCACGACUGGGAAUUCACCGCCGAUCCAAACGGUCCCGACUAUAUCUCACUACCUUAUGUGGAUGUGGAUGUGGACUCGAUCGGUACCCUCAUAGAGAACCGCCAAGUCUCAGAAUGGCGCUGCCGAGAAUUCGACAGCUCGGGCUCAGAACUCGAACCGCAGUCAUCCGACGACGACUCUGAAAGCGAUUCCCCCAAGACGAACGGCGACCCCGCGAUCGAUUUGCGGCGCAAACGUCGCCGUCAGAUGGAUGAAGAGAUGGCCUGGAAUGAAGGGUUACGGAUGUGGAUGGCCAGACGCGACGUUUGGUCUGGAGCCAGGACUCGGCGACAGAUCCGCGCCAAAGAGAAGAAAGACAAUCUUGUGAAAAGCCAGACAGACACACCGAGCGAAAUUACUGAGAGUCGCGCGGAUUCUGGGGUUGAUGCGGGCGCUGCAUCGCUGCAGCCGGGGUCAGCUUCCCCGCACUCCGAUCGCCAAAGUCAAAAUGACGCGUCUGAGGCCCCUGCUCUGGCAGCCAAGAUGGACGCAUCGCUUUCAAUUACGGAGCGGGAGAAAACCGAAGAGACCUCACGUCGGCAGGAGCAAGAAGAAGAGCACUCUACUGCCCCAGAAGACGAAACAAAGCGCAAGGAGUCUACCGAAACUAGCAUCACCGAGCCUGAGGCUUCUGCCAAUGCGCCUGGCUUUACCACAUUCCCUGCCAUAGAUGAUGAAAAUGAUGACUCUGACGAAGAGCUUGAUGAACCUCUUAUCCCAGUCGCUCCGCCGUUUCUUUCACCUGAAAACCCUAUCCGCGCAACCAUCAACUCAUCCAUCUACCCCUCCAUCUAUACUAAAGUGGUUGUACAAGGGAUGACACCUACCGUGCCAGUUAAUCUGGCACACCUGACAAAAGCCAUGGUCCAGGGCUGGAAAGCCGAUGGACAGUGGCCGCCCAAGCCGGCAGUGUCGAAUAUUGUCCUCGCUGACACUGCCACGGUAGCGAAGAGCUCUGAUACUACCGACGCUCCCCAGUCAAGACGAAAAAACAGUAUCACAAACGCCAUGCGCAAGGUGUUCCACAUGGGCUCUCACCCCUUUCACCGACGCGGAUCGAGCCAAGAUGGUGGGAAUGGCGCAGGUCCCGUUAUUUAG